GGGACAGGAUGGCGGCCGCGGCCGGGGAGCCAGAGGAUCUUCGCAGCUUCUACUUCAGGUUUUUGCCUCAGAGAACUUUUCCGUUUCUGAGCAACCGGGACAUCACCAGCCGGCUCCGCCAGUGGUCCAUGCUUGGCCGCAUCCAGGCGCAGGCGUUUGGGUUCGACCUGACUUUCCAGCCCUAUCGGAAGGAUGAUUUUGUUAUGGAUUUUUUCAAAGACCCAAAUGUUAUUUCAAAUUUGCAGCUACUUUCAGAAUCUUCUGGACAAUGGACUACAUUGGGAACUGAAGUGAAAAAAAUUGAAGCUGUUAAUGUUCCUUGCACACUACUUUCAAUGUCAUUUUUUAAACGGUUAUAUGACGAAGAUAUCGUACGAGAAAGUGGGCAUAUUGUUAAAUGUUUAGAUUCUUUUUGUGACCCAUUUUUCAUUUCAGAUGAAUUACGAAAAGUUUUGCUAGUUGAAGACUCAGAAAAAUAUGAAGUAUUCAGCCAGCCAGAUAGAGAAGAGUUCCUGUUUUGUCUGUUUAAGCAUCUUUGCCUUGGUGGGUCACUUUGUCAGUAUGAAGAUGUGCUGAAGCCAUACCUGGAAACAGCAAAGCUGAUCUAUAAGGAUCUGGUGAGUGUUCGAAAACACCCUCAGACCAAGGAAAUACAAAUUACUUCUUCUGUCUUUAAAGUUAAAGCCUAUGACUCUGCUGGCAUAUGCUACCCUUCAACAAAGGAACAUGAGCAGACAUUUUCUUAUUUUGUUGUAGAUCCCAUCAGGCGUCAUGUUAACAUUUUAUACCAUUGUUAUGGCACAGGGGAAAUGCCUUAAUGCUGUUUCACAUUCUCCAUGUCCAUUUUUUCCUUGUUCAUCAGUUUUUCAUUUUAGUCCUAAUGGAUCGACAAAUGUUGAAUUGGCAGAACGGUUGAUAUAAACUGCAAAGGGCCUGCUUAAAGGGGAAGAAGGCAAGCAUCAAACUGACAGUCUGUAAAUUAGCCAGGUUUACCCACACAGGGCUCAGUAAUAUAACAUAUACAAAGCAAGGGUGGAAUUUUGACAGAAAAUUCAAAGGAACUAAGUAUCUAUCUAGUUUGUAUUUAUUCUGCUAAGAUUCAAGCAAGUUCGUAAUUUCCUAUGCAUCUUAUUGUAGAAACUCAUUAGUUCUAAAUUGGAAUUGUAGCAUCUCUACCACCAGCUAGUCAUUUUUUU